AUGAGCCCCGCUAACAUCACCCUCAACAUCCAGCGCGAGCUCUUCGCCCGCAGCGAGCGCGUCAAGGGCAUCGACUUCCACCCGACGGAGCCGUGGAUCCUUACGACGUUAUACAGCGGACACGUCCAUAUCUGGAGCUAUGCGACACAGAGCAUUGUCAAGACUUUUGAGCUUACGGAUGUGCCUGUGAGAGCUGGCAGAUUUAUUGCGCGGAAGAACUGGAUCGUGUGUGGAUCGGACGAUUUCCAGCUUCGCGUCUACAACUACAAUACUUCCGAGAAAGUCACGACGUUCGAAGCGCACCCUGACUAUAUCCGCGCUAUUGCUGUACAUCCGACGCAGCCCUUUGUGAUCACGGGUAGCGAUGACAUGACCAUCAAGCUGUGGAAUUGGGAACAAGCGUGGAAAUGCAUAAGUGUUUUCGAAGGUCACAGCCACUACGUUAUGAAUGUCUGCUUCAACCCCAAAGACACAAACACAUUUGCUAGCGCAUGUCUCGACCGAACGGUCAAGGUGUGGAAUCUCGGCUCUUCGACUCCCCGCUUCACCCUCGAAGCGCACGAGACCAAGGGUGUCAAUCAUGUAGACUAUUAUCCGGGGGCAGACAAGCCAUACAUGCUUACCACUUCUGACGACCGGACAGUAAAGGUCUGGGACUACCAAACGAAGGGACUAAUAGCUACCCUCGAAGGCCACACCAGCAAUGUCUCGUUCGCCUGCUACCAUCCUGAGCUGCCUAUCAUCAUCAGCGGCUCUGAGGAUGGUUCCAUAAAGCUAUGGAACGCAAACACCUACCGCCUAGAGCAAAGCCUCAACUAUGGCCUCGAGCGCGCCUGGUGCUGUGCCAACCAGCGCGGCAAGCAAGGCAUCGCAAUCGGUUUCGACGACGGCGCCGUAAUGAUCAAGAUGGGCAGGGAAGAGCCCGCAGUCUCCAUGGAUAGUUCCGGCAAAGUCAUUUUCGCACGGCACUCCGAGAUCCUCACCACAGUCAUCAAAGGCGCGGACAAGAGCCUCAAAGACGGCGAGCGCCUGACUCUUCCGACCAAAGACCUGGGCUCCACGGAAAUAUACCCGCAGUCUCUUCUUCACAGUCCGAAUGGGAGAUUUGUGUCGGUGUGUGGGGAUGGUGAGUAUAUCAUCUAUACGGCGCUUGCGCUCCGCAACCAGGCGUUUGGCUCUGCGCUGGAUUUCGCGUGGGCGAGCAAGGAGAAUGAUAAGGAUUACGCUAUUCGGGAGUCGACGACGAGCGUGAAGAUGUUCCGGAACUUCAAGGAGAAGGGCAGUGGGGGGUUGAAUGUGGGAUUUCAAGCUGAAGGCCUUACUGGAGGAACGCUGCUUGGUGUGAAGGGGCAGGGGGGUGUUGGCUUCUUCGACUGGGACUCGGGGGCGCUGAUUCGGCGGAUUGAGGUGGACCCCAAGAACGUCUACUGGUCAGAGAGCGGCGAGCUUGUGACGCUGGCCUGCGAUGAUACGUUCUACGUGCUUCGCUUCUCCAGGGAGAGUUAUGUUGCUGCGCUUCAGGCGGGUGAGGUCGAGGACGAUGGCGUAGAAUCUGCCUUUGAGGUUAUUACGGACAUCAACGAGACCGUCCGUACCGGUCAGUGGGUGGGCGAUUGCUUCAUCUACACAAACAGCACCAACCGGCUCAACUACCUCGUCGGUGAUCAAACUUACACCAUCGCCCACUUCGAUGCCCCCCACUACGUCCUGGGCUACCUCCCACGCGACGGCCGCGUCUACCUCGCGGACCGCGACGUCGCCAUCAUCUCGUACGCCCUCAGCCUCAGCGUCGUCGAGUAUCAGACCCUAGUCCUCCGCGGCGAGAUGGAGGCCGCGAACGAAACUCUCGCUGAGAUUCCUGAUGAGCAGAAGAACAAGAUUGCGAGGUUUUUGGAGGGGCAGGGGUAUAAAGAGGAAGCGCUCGAGGUGGCUACUGAUGCGGAGCAUAGGUUUGAGCUGAGCUUAGCGCUGAACAAGUUGGACGUCGCGCUCAGCAUCGCGCGCGAGGCGGACGCGGAGCACAAGUGGAAAACCGUCGGGGACGCGGCGCUCAGCGCAUGGAACAUCGCCCUGGCCGAGGAGUGCUUCUCACACGCCAAAGACAUGAGCUCGUUGCUGCUGCUCUACUCUAGCACAAGCAACGCAGACGGGCUGAGGGAGCUCACAGCGAUGGCGGAGAAAGCCGCGGCGCACAACGUCGCCUUCUCGUGUCUGUGGCAGCUCGGCGACGUGGACGGCUGCAUCGAGCUCCUGCUCCGCACGAACAGGGUUGCGGAGGCGGUGCUCUUUAGCCAGACGUACAAGCCGAGCAGCACGCCGGGGGUGGUGGGGAAGUGGAAACAGGCGCUGGAAAAGGACGGCAAGAGCAGGGUCAGUAAGAUGCUGGGCGUGCCGCCGGGGACGGAGGGGUUGGAGGCCGAUGAGGAUAUGUUUCCGGAAUGGGAGGAGUGGUUGAGGCUUGAAAGGGAGGGACCAAACGAGGCAGUGGUUGAUGUGGAGGAGGAUGAGCCGGAGGGGGCUGAAGAGCCUGAGGAGCUGGAGGAGGCGGCGGAGGAGGAUGGAGAAGGGGAUGAGGAGUUGGCGAGUCCACAGACGGAGACGGAGGUCUGA